AUGAAAUUACGCGGGAAACUUUGGCCCUCAGGUGUGGCUGACAGUGUGACACUUGGUGCCUCAGGUGUUGCUGACAGUGUGACACUUGGUGCCUCAGGUGUGACACAUGGUGUCUCAGGUGUGGCUGGCAGUGUGGCACUUGGUGCUUCAUGUGUGGCUGACAGUGUGACACUUGGUGCAUCAGGUGUGGCUGACAGUGUGACACUUGGUGCAUCAGGUGUGGCUGACAGUGUGACACGUGGUGCCACAGGUGUAACUGACAGUGUGUCACUUGGUGCCUCAGGUGUGGCUCACAGUGUGUCACUUGGUCCCUCAGGUGUAACUGACAGCGUGACACCCGGUGCCUCAUGUGUGGCUGACAGCGUGACACCCGGUGCCUCAGGUGUGGCUGACAGUGUGACACUUGGUGCCUCAGGUGUGGCUGACAGUGUGACACUUGGUGCCUCAGGUGUAGCUGACAGUGUAACACUUGGUGCCUCAGGUGUGGCUGACAGUGUAGCACUUAGUGCCUUAGUUGUGGCUGUCAGUGUGACACUUGGUGCCUCAGGUGUGGCACUUUGUGCCUCAGGUGUAACUGACAGCGUGACACCAGGUGCCUCAGGUGUGGCUGACAGUGUACCACUUAGUGCCUUAGUUGUGGCUGACAGUGUGACACCUGGUGCCUCAGGUGUGGCUGACAGUGUGACACUCGGAACCUCAUGUGUGGCUGACAGUGUGACAAUUUGUGUCUCAGGUGUGGCUGACAGUGUGACACUUGUUGCCUCAUGUGUCGCUAACAGUGUGACACUUGGUGCCUCAGGUGUGGCUGACAGUGUGACACUUGGUGCCUCAGGUGUGGCUGACAUUGUGACACUUGGUGUCUCAUGUGUGGCUGACAGUGUGACAAUUUGUGUCUCAGGUGUGGCUGACAGUGUGACACUUGGUGCCUCAGGUGUUGCUGACAGUGUGACACUUGGUGCCUCAGGUGUGGCUGAAAGUGUACUACUUAGUGCCUCAGGUGUGGCUGACAAUGUGACACUUGGUGUCUCAGGUGUGGCUGACAGUGUAUCAAUUGGUGCACAAUGUGUGGCUGACAGUGUGACACAUGGUGCCUCAGGUGUGGCUGACAAUGUAUCAAUUGGUGCCUCAGGUGUUACUGACAGUGUGACACUCGGAACCUCAUGUGUGGCUGACAGUGUGACACUUGGUGCCUCAGGUGUGGCACUUUGUGCCUCAGGUGUAACUGACAGCGUGACACUUGGUGCCUCAGGUCUGGCUGACAAUGUAUCAAUUGGUGCCUCAGGUGUGGCUGACAGUGUGACACUUGGUGCCUCAGGUCUGGCUGACAGUGUGACACUUGGUGCCUCAGGUGUGGCUGACAUUGUGACACUUGGUGCAUCAGGUGUGGCUGACAUUGUGACACUUGGUGCAUCAGGUGUGGCUGACAUUGUGACACUUGGUGCAUCAGGUGUGGCUGACAUUGUGACACUUGGUGCAUCAGGUGUGGCUGACAUUGUGACACUUGGUGCCUCAGGUGUAACUGACAGCGUGACACCCGGUGCCUCAGGUGUGGCUGACAGUGUGACACUUGGUGCCUCAGAUGUGUCUGACAGUGUAACACUUGGUGCCUCAGGUCUUCCUAACAGUGUGACACUUGGUGCCUCAGGUGUGGCUGACAGUGUGAUACUAGAUGCAUCAGGUGUGACACAUGGUGUCUCAGGUGUGGCUGACAGUGUGGCACUUGGUGCUUCAUGUGUGCCUCACAGUGUGACACGUGGUGCCACAGGUGUAGCUGACAGUGUGUCACUUGGUGCCUCAGGUGUGGCUGACAGUGUGUCACUUGGUGCCUCAGGUGUUGCUGACAGUGUGGCACUUGGUGUCUCAUGUGUGGCUGACAGUAUGACACUUGGUGCCUCAGGUGUAGCUGACAGUGUGUCACUUGGUGCCUCAGGUGUGGCUAACAGUGUAACACUUGGUGCCUCAUGUGUGGCUGACAGUGUGACAUUUGGUACCUCAGGUGUGGCUUACAGUGUGACACUUGGUGUCUCUGGUGUGGCUGACAGUGUGGCUGACAGUGUAACACUUGGUGCCUCAGGUGUGGCUGACAGUGUAACACUUGGUGCCUCAGGUGUGGCUGACAGUGUGACACCUGGUGCCUCAGGUGUGGCUGACAGUGUGACACCUGGUGCCUCAGGUGUGGGUGACAGUGUAACACUUGGUGCCUCAGGUGUGGCUGACAGUGUGACACCUGGUGCCUCAGGUGUUGCUGACAGUGUGACACCUGGUGCAUCAGGUGUGGCUGACAGUGUGACACUUGGUGCCUCAGGUGUGGCUGACAGUGUGACACCUGGUGCCUCAGGUGUGGCUGACAGUGUAACACUUGGUGCCUCAGGUGUGGCUGACAGUGUGACACCUGGUGCCUCAGGUGUGGCUGACAGUGUAACACUUGGUGCCUCAGGUGUGGCUGACAGUGUAACACUUGGUGCCUCAGGUGUGGCUGACAGUGUGACACUUGGUGCCUCAGCACGGCACUCAACAACAACAACCCUUCAACAAUAG